UGAAUAAGUUUCUCUCUUGCUAAAAUCAUGGGAUAAGGAAAUCUCUGGAGAGAGAGGCCGACCGAAAAAGGGGCUCCAAUGGCUUCCAUUUCUUUAACUUAAAACCACAAGUUCAUUCCAGUAAUAUUCCAUUGGCAUCUUUCAGAAAUUUACACCCCCAUUUUCCCUGCUCCUCGCCCUAUAUAUACCCUUGCCCAUUGGGCGUUCUUAUCUGCAAAGAACAUAAAAAAACCAAACUCUCUGUGUAGUGUCUCAAUUACUUCGGUAAUUUCUCCCGGUCCUUGUUGUUGAUCGGAGGAUGGCCGGGAUUGUGGUUGUUUUCGACUUCGACAAGACGAUUAUCGACUUGGACAGCGAUAACUGGGUCGUCGACGAGCUGGGCGCCACCGAGUUGUUCAACCAGCUCCUCCCUACCAUGCCUUGGAACACCCUCAUGGACACCAUGAUGGGAGAACUUCAUUCACGAGGGAAAACCAUUGACGACAUUGCGGAGGUUCUCAAACGGGCUCCGAUCCACCCUCGGGUCGUCCCUGCCAUUAGAGCAGCUCAUGCUUUAGGGUGCGAUUUGAGGGUAGUAAGUGAUGCAAAUCUCUUCUUUAUUGAGACAAUUUUGAAGCAUUUGGGGCUAAGGGAUUGUUUUACCGAAAUCAACACGAAUCCGAGCUAUGUGGAUGAUCAAGGCAGGCUGAGGAUUUUGCCUUGCCAUGAUUUUCACUCCUCUCCCCAUGGCUGCGACCUCUGCCCUCCAAACAUGUGCAAGGGUUUGGUCAUGGAGAGAAUACAGGCUUCUGUAGCCAAAGAGGGGAAGAAGAAGUUCAUCUACCUCGGAGAUGGAACCGGAGAUUUCUGCCCGAGUUUGAAGCUCAGAGAAGGAGACCAUGUGAUGCCGAGGAAGAACUACCCUCUCUGGGAUUUAAUAUGCAAGAACCGUGUCCACAUGAAGGCCGAGAUCCACGAAUGGAGCGACGGGGAAGAUCUAGAGCGCGUGUUGCUUCAGCUCAUUAACGCGAUUUCAAUGGAGGAGGCCAACAAGUUGUUUUCGGUCGAUUGCAAGUUUGGGAGCAUUCCCAUGGCAGCCCACCAAGCCUUGCCUAAAGCGCUUUCCGUCCCACAUUAGUGUAUAGGAUUUGGAUGUCUAUUGAUGCUAAAACAAAGCUGAUUUCGUGCUUUCCUUCCCUUGGUUAUCUAUGUUUUAGUAGGGGUCAAGUAAGUUUGUGACUACAUUAUUGAUCCAAAUGGAAUACUAUAUAAUUUUCUAGUUUUCUGAAA